AUGCUUGUCGAAGGGCUUGGUGCACCAGUUGGAAGUGUUAUUGUUAGGACAAAGAGCUUCAUUGACACCGCAAGGAUUUUGCGAAAAACUUUAGGUGGGGGGAUAAGCAGCUUAUAUAACUGCCUUGAAGAAGCUCUGCAAUCAUCCAAAGAUCUGGAUCUUGGACCGGUGGAUGAUGACCUGGUUGAAGUGUUAGGAAAGAUGCAAGUCUUGGCCUGUUUGUUGGCCCAUCUUUACACCGGACAAAAGUUGCAGGAUGGGUCCACAUCAAUCAACAUAAUACAAAAGUUGGUCAACUGCUUCAAUGAUCCAUCAAAGGAUGAGUUUGCAUUUCUUUUCGGCAGCAAAGUUGGUGGUUGUGACCUCAACUUGAUAGUUCUAGAAGCAUCCGACCAAUCUUCACAACCCAGGCGCAAGCUCUUCGUCCCAGGUUUCACUGCCUCACCGACUGUCAUCGACUUCUAUUCACCAUUGCAGCAGCAUAGCCUCCACUACGACCCAGCAAGGCAGCGGUCUUCUCCAUCGCCACCAUUUCAUGGGUUUAGUCUCCCUUCCAGAAAGCAAACGUUGAAUGAUGGACACAGAUCAGUAGAGACUCACAGACAUGUUUCUGUGGAGGUAUGCCAUGUUAUCGGUCAUCAGGUGUUCGAUGACGCCUUUGUUAUCACUUUCAGGGACAUAACUAGGAGUGUCAUAUUAAUGAAAUAUAUGUUCUUGAUAGCAUAA